GUCAGAAGAUCGUUUUGUGUAGUUUCUUCCCCAAGAGCAAUGCAAAACCUGCAAUUAAGAACGAUUUUGUCAAUGAGUUAUGUCUUAGUGGGAGUUACAUCACCUGCUCGUAUUUUUAGGACAAUUUUAAAUUCCACUUCAGUCAUGACUGUGCUAUCACGGUUACAAACAGCUGCCCCUAUGGUGAGGCAGCUACACAGAACUCAAGUUUGGGGAUGGCUUGUUAGAGGCAGUGAUGCGCAACAGAGUUUAAUAGUGCGAGGGCUGAGACAGCCUCGAGGAAGGAGCAGGCAGGGAGGAAUGAACUUGGCUCCGCAGACAGCUUUGGAAACUGCUCAGGAAAGUCAGGCAGGGUCAGGCCUGCUGAAGAGUGUGUUAUUUACCGCUGGCUUUUGUGGCACGACUUUCGUUGGUGCGGCAAUCUGGCAGUAUGAGACACUUCGGUCUCGCCUGAGCCAGAGGUCGUGGACAGACUGGGUUAAUAAACAGUGGAAUGAAAUGGAGGGAUGGCAGCACAAACAAGGAGACAUUAGAAAAGAAGUUAAUAAAUGGUGGAAUAAUCUGACAGAGGGACAGAAAGUCUUCUGGCCAAUAUGUUUUAUCAACACCAUUGUGUUUGCCUGUUGGAAUAAUCCAUCCUUUCAAAGAACGAUGUUGAAGUAUUUCUGUUCAAACCCAGCAGCUCGAGCUGUAUGUUGGCCAAUGUUCCUAUCUACUUUCAGUCACUUUGCAUUCUUCCAUCUAGCAAUGAAUAUGUAUGUGCUACACAGUUUCAGUACUGGUGUUUGUGCUUCUUUAGGUAAAGAACAGUUUGUUGCCAUGUAUCUCAGUGGAGGUGUCAUGUCCUCUUUAGCCAGCCAUGUCUUCAAAGUAGCAAUGAGGUGCCCUGGACCAUCAUUAGGUGCUUCAGGAGCCAUCAUGGCCCUUCUAGGUUAUUUCUGCACACAGAAUCCAAAUGCACAGCUCGGCAUUGUCUUCAUUCCAGGGAUAAGUUUCUCUGCUGACACUGCUCUUAAAGCCGUCAUGUGCCUGGAUGCUGUGGGGAUUGCUCUAGGAUGGCGUACGUUUGAUCAUGCUGCCCAUCUGGGAGGAGCGCUCUUUGGUUUGCUCUAUGCUCUGUACGGGACAAAAUACAUUUGGGGGAACAGAGAGCCCGUCAUGAGGCAAUGGCACGAAAUCAGAAGUAAAGCCAAUGAAAGGCUUGAAGGGAAAUCAAAAGAUGAGUGAUUUGAUGGUCUAUAGAUUACAAUAAUAGUUUUGAGUAAGUAGUAAUGUAUUACUAGAAAAAUGUUUAGGGUUCCUUCUUUGGUGCUGAGAAAACUUAAACUACUUCCCUCUGUCCUGUAGCUGUGAAGGUACUAUGUAAUGUGAGAAAUUCCUUUAAAAAAUGAGCUUGGAAGAUUUUGAUUGUGUUUUAUCCACCCUGUACCAUUCUGUUGUCUUAUUUUAGCACUUAAGAAUGGCUCCACAAACUUUGAAAUUUAUUACCUUUUUCAAUGAAUGUAGAAAUGUAAAAUUAUCUUCCUUCCAAAUAAGGCAUAAAGAAAAAGUACAUGAUUUAAAAAAAAAUCUUGGAAAUUGAAUAUACCAGAUU